GACUCUCGUGAAGCGUGCUGACCGUACCCUACAGGAGACGGUCACAAUCAACUCAACUCAACCGACUCAACACACCGAAACCACCGCUGGCUAACGUUUCCCGGUGCUAGCCAGAUAGACGUGCAAUGAGAGAUAUUCUGCAAGAGCCGAAUAACAACUAAGUGGCCGUCAUAAUAGCAGAAACACAUUAGGCCAUCCAAAUGGUGAUCAUGUCAGGCACAGCCACUGUGCUGCAACAGUUUGUCAGCGGGCUGAAGAGUCGAAAUGAAGACACCAGAGCGAAAUCUGCCAAAGAUCUGCAGCACUAUGUGACAACAGAGCUCAGAGAGUUAAGCCAAGAUGAAGCCACUACAUUCUACGAUGAGUUAAACCACCACAUAUUUGAGCUGGUAUCCAGCUCUGAUGUGAAUGAGAAGAAAGGAGGGAUUCUCGCCAUUGUGAGUCUGAUUGGAGUCGAGGGAGGCAAUGCCACCAGGAUCAGCCGCUUUGCCAAUUACCUGCGCAACCUGCUCCCCUCCAGCGACCCUGUGGUGAUGGAGAUGGCCUCCAAAGCCAUGGGCCACCUGUCUAUGGCAGGGGACACCUUUACUGCAGAGUAUGUGGAGUUUGAGGUGAAGAGGGCCCUGGAGUGGCUGGGAGCAGACAGAAACGAAGGCAGACGCCAUGCUGCAGUGUUGGUACUGAGGGAGCUGGCUGUGAGCGCGCCCACCUUCUUCUUUCAGCAAGUGCAGCCUUUCUUCGACAACGUCUUUUACGCAGUAUGGGACCCCAAGCAGGCCAUCCGAGAAGGGGCUGUAUCUGCACUGCGAGCCUGUCUCAUCCUGACCACACAGAGGGAGACCAAGGAAAUGCAGAAACCACAGUGGUACAAACAAACCUUCGAGGAGGCAGAGAAAGGCUUCGAUGAGACUCUGGCCAAAGAGAAAGGGAUGAAUCGUGACGACAGAGUCCACGGCGCUCUUCUGAUCCUGAAUGAGCUGGUUCGCAUCAGCAGCAUGGAGGGAGAGCGCAUGCGUGAGGAGAUGGAGGAGAUCACCCAGCAGCAGCUGGUCCAUGAUAAGUACUGCAAGGAGAUGAUGGGAUUUGGAGCCAAGCCCCGACACAUCACCCCCUUCACCAGCUUCCAGUCGGUGCAGCCGCAGCAGUCAAACGCCCUCCUGGGUCUGCUGGGCUACAGCACGCCGCAGGGCUUCCUCAGCUUCGGAGCCACGCCGGCACCCGCCAAGAGCUCGCUGGUCGAGAGUCGAUACUGCCGUGAGCUGAUGGAGGAGCGAUUCGACCAGGUGUGUCGGUGGGUGCUGAAAUACAGGACCAGUAAAAACCCUCUAAUCCAGAUGACCAUCCUUAACCUGCUUCCACGCCUGGCUGCCUUCCAGCCACAUACCUUCACAGACCAGUACCUGUCAGACACUAUGGGCUACCUGCUGGCCUGUCUGAAGAAGGAGAAGGAGAGGACGGCAGCUUUCCAGGCUCUAGGGCUGCUGGUAGUGGCCGUCAGAGCAGAAAUCCAACCGUACCUCACGAAGGUCCUUGAGAUCAUCAAGGCUGCCCUGCCACCCAAGGACUUUGCACACAAGAGGCAGAAGACCAUGCAGGUGGACGCCACAGUGUUCACCUGUAUCAGCAUGCUGUCCAGAGCCAUGGGUCCCAGCAUCCAGCCAGACAUCAAGGAGCUGCUGGAGCCUAUGCUGGCUGUGGGUCUCAGUCCUGCGCUGACAGCAGUGCUGUACGACCUGAGCCGUCAGAUCCCCCAGUUGAAGAAGGACAUCCAGGACGGCCUGCUGAAGAUGCUUUCCCUGGUGUUGAUGCACAAGCCCCUGCGUCACCCCGGCAUGCCCAAAGGCCUGGCUCAUCAGCUGGCCUCACCGAGCCUCACAAACAUCCCCGAGGCCAGUGACGUAGGCAGCAUCACACUGGCCCUUCGCACACUGGGAAGCUUUGAGUUUGAAGGACACUCCCUCACCCAGUUUGUGCGCCACUGUGCUGAUCACUUCCUGAACAGUGAACACAAGGAAAUCCGGAUGGAGGCAGCUCGGACCUGCUCGCGCCUCCUUACCCCCUCCAUUCACCUGAUCAGCGGCCACGUUGUUAGCCAGACGGCUGUACAGGUUGUUGCAGAUGUGCUCAGCAAGCUGUUAGUUGUUGGCAUCACCGACCCAGAUCCAGACAUUCGGUACUGUGUGCUGGCAUCUCUAGAUGAGCGUUUCGACGCUCACCUCGCCCAGGCUGAGAACUUGCAGGCGCUGUUUGUUGCACUGAACGACGAGGUGUUUGAGAUCAGAGAGCUGGCCAUCUGCACAAUCGGACGCCUCAGCAGCAUGAACCCGGCCUUCGUCAUGCCCUUCCUACGCAAGAUGCUCAUCCAGAUCUUAACAGAGUUGGAGCACAGUGGUGUCGGCAGGAACAAAGAGCAGAGCGCCCGUAUGCUUGGUCAUCUAGUCUCCAACGCCCCCCGCCUCAUACGGCCGUAUAUGGAGCCCAUCCUCAAGGCUCUCAUCCUCAAGCUGAAAGACCCAGACCCUAACCCUGGAGUGGUCAUUAGUGUGCUUGCGACCAUCGGCGAGUUGGCCCAGGUGGUUCGAUGGCCCCCACAGAGGAGUCAGGAAAGCACAGUUAAAGGCAGGCAGACUCGGCAGUUCAGACAGAGUGAAGGAGAGGCUCAGGUAGACCAAGUGUUUACGGUUGACUCAGUGCAGGAAGAGGCAGCAGCCCAGCUGCUCAGGAACCAGCGCAGGAAGAUGCAAGAAAAUGUGAGUGGCCUGGAGAUGAGGAAGUGGAUGGACGAGCUUUUUCCAAUCAUCAUGGACAUGCUGCAGGACUCCUCCUCGCUGGCCAAACGACAGGUGGCGCUGUGGACUCUGGGCCAGCAGGUGGCUAGUACAGGUUAUGUGGUGGAGCCCUACCGCAAGUACCCCUCCCUCCUGGAGGUGCUGCUCAACUUCCUCAAGACGGAGCAAAACCAGGGCAUCAGGAGAGAGGCUAUCCGUGUACUGGGUCUCCUCGGAGCUCUGGACCCCUACAAGCACAAGGUGAACAUUGGCAUGAUUGACCAAUCGCGAGACGCCUCCGCCGUCAGUCUCUCCGAGUCCAAGUCCAGUCAGGACUCAGCCGAUUACAGCACCAGUGAGAUGCUAGUGAACAUGGGCAACCUGCCCUUGGAUGAGUUUUACCCCGCCGUGGCAAUCGUCACGCUGAUGCGCAUCCUGAGAGACCCUUCGCUCUCCAACCACCACACUAUGGUGGUCCAAGCAGUCACCUUCAUCUUCAAGUCUCUGGGCCUCAAGUGCGUCCAGUUCCUGCCGCAGGUCAUGCCCACUUUCCUCAACGUCAUCCGGGUCUGUGAUGCCAGUAUCCGAGAGUUCCUCUUCCAGCAGAUGGGAAUGGUGGUGUGCUUUGUGAAGAUCCACAUCCGCCCUUACAUGGACGACAUCUUCACCCUCAUCAGAGAGUACUGGACGCCAAACAACCCCAUGCAGAACACCAUCAUCCUUCUGAUCGAGCAGAUCGUGGUGGCGCUGGGCGGAGAGUUCAAGCUCUACCUGCCUCAGCUUAUCCCACACAUGCUGCGUGUCUUCAUGCAUGACAACAGCACCGGACGCAGCGUCACCAUCAAGAUGCUCAACGCCAUCCAGCUGUUCGGUGCCAACCUAGACGACUACCUGCACUUGCUGCUGCCUCCCAUUGUCAAGCUGUUUGAUGCCAAUGAUGUACCGCUGCAGGCCCGCAAGGUUGCCUUGGAGACACUGGACCGGCUGACAGAGUCCCUGGACUUCACCGACUACGCUUCACGCAUUAUCCACCCGAUUGUUCGGACACUUGACAGCACGCCUGAGCUGCGCCCCACCUCUAUGGACACCCUGUCCUCGCUGGUGUUCCAGUUGGGGAAAAAGUACCAGAUCUUCAUCCCCAUGGUGAAUAAAGUGAUGCUGAAGCACAGGAUCAACCACCAGCGCUAUGACAUACUCAUAUGUCGCAUCGUUAAGGGCUACACUCUGGCUGAGGAGGAAGAGGACCCUCUAAUCUUCCAACAUCGCCAGCAUCGUGGUAACCAAGGCGACACUCUGGUCAGUGGGCCGGUGGAGGCGGGGCCUAUGAAGAAGCUUCACGUCAGCACGACCGCACUUCAGAAGGCUUGGGGUGCUGCCAGGAAGGUGUCCAAAGACGACUGGCUGGAAUGGCUGAGGCGCUUGAGCGUCGUCCUGCUCAAGGAGUCGUCCUCUCCAGCGCUGCGGUCAUGCUGGUCACUGGCCCAAACCUACAUCCCUCUCGCCAGGGACCUGUUCAAUGCCGCCUUCCUGUCUUGUUGGUCUGAGCUGAGUGAGGACCAGCAGGAUGAGCUCAUCCGCAGCAUCGAGCUAGCUCUCACCUCCCAGGACAUCGCAGAGGUCACACAGACUCUGCUCAACCUGGCAGAAUUCAUGGAGCACAGUGACAAGGGCCCUCUGCCCCUCAGAGAUGAUAACGGCAUCGUGCUGCUUGGUGAGAGAGCUGCAAAGUGUCGUGCCUACGCCAAGGCUCUGCACUACAAAGAGCUGGAGUUUCAGAAAGGGCCUUCUCCUCUCAUCCUGGAGGCUCUUAUCAGCAUCAACAAUAAACUGCAGCAGCCAGAAGCCGCAUCUGGGGUGCUGGAGUACGCCAUGAAGCAUUUUGGUGAACUGGAAAUCCAAGCCACUUGGUAUGAGAAGCUCCAUGAGUGGGAGGACGCCCUGGUAGCGUACGACAAGAAGAUCGACAUGAACAAAGAGGAUCCAGAGCUCAUCCUGGGCAGAAUGCGCUGCUUAGAGGCCCUGGGAGAAUGGGGCCAGUUGCAUCAGCAGUGCUGUGAGGAGUGGACGUUGGUGAGUGAGGAAACCCAGGCCAAGAUGGCUCGUAUGGCAGCUGCCGCCGCCUGGGGUCUAGGGCACUGGGACAGCAUGGAGGAGUACACGUGUAUGAUCCCAAGAGACACACAUGAUGGCGCUUUUUAUAGAGCCGUGCUAGCCUUGCAUCAGGACCUCUUCUCAUUGGCCCAGCAGUGUAUUGACAAAGCGAGAGACCUCCUGGAUGCUGAGCUGACGGCCAUGGCUGGAGAGAGCUACAGUCGAGCCUACGGGGCCAUGGUGUCUUGCCAGAUGCUGUCGGAGCUAGAGGAGGUGAUCCAGUAUAAGCUGGUGCCAGAGAGGAGGGACAUCAUCAGGGAAACAUGGUGGGAGAGGCUUCAGGGUUGUCAGUGUAUCGUAGAGGACUGGCAAAGGAUCCUGAUGGUCCGAUCGCUCGUCAUCAGCCCCCACGAGGACAUGAGGACCUGGUUGAAGUACGCCAGCCUCUGCGGCAAGAGCGGGCGCCUGGAGGAAUACAUCCGAGCUGAUUUAAAUCAGUCUUGUCAAACGGAAAAGGGAAGUGGAGCUCUGACGAAGGCCCUGGCUCAUAAGACCCUGGUGCUCCUUCUGGGGGUGGACCCCUCCAAGCAACUCGAUCACCCGCUGCCCACAGCCCACCCGCACGUCACCUACGCCUAUAUGAAGUACAUGUGGAAGAGUGCCCGCAAGAUUGAUGCCUUCCAGCACAUGCAGCACUUUGUGCAAGGGAUGCAGCAGCAAGCUCAGCACGCCAUUGCAGCCGAGGACCAACAGCAUAAGCAGGAGCUCCACAAACUCAUGGCCAGAUGUUUCUUGAAGCUGGGGGAGUGGCAGCUCAGUCUACAGGGCAUCAACGAGAGCACCAUCCCCAAGGUUCUGCAGUAUUACAGCCAUUCCACUGAGCAUGACCGCAACUGGUACAAGGCCUGGCAUGCCUGGGCGGUAAUGAACUUUGAGGCGGUGCUGCACUACAAACACCAGAACCAAGGACGGGACGAGAAGAAGAAGCUGCGACACGCCAGUGGUGCCAGCGCUAAUAGUGAAGCCAGCAACAGUGACAGCGAGGUUGACAGCACCGACCACAGUCCUGUACCUUCACCGGGCCAGAAAAAGGCCAGUGAGCCUCCGUUGUUUGCUGGCCCUCCACAGGACCUCUCGAAGACGUUGCUCAUGUACACAGUUCCUGCUGUUCAAGGUUUCUUCCGCUCCAUCUCCCUGUCCAGAGGCAAUAACCUGCAGGACACACUCAGGGUUCUGACUUUAUGGUUUGACUACGGUCACUGGCCUGAAGUGAACGAAGCCCUGGUGGAGGGUAUCAAGACCAUUCAAAUAGACACCUGGCUACAGGUGAUCCCUCAGCUCAUAGCUCGGAUCGACACCCCUCGAGCCCUGGUGGGUCGCCUCAUUCACCAGCUGCUAACAGACAUUGGACGGUAUCAUCCCCAAGCUUUGAUCUACCCGCUGACUGUGGCCUCCAAGUCCACCACCACAGCCCGCCACAAUGCUGCUAACAAGAUCCUGAAGAACAUGUGUGAGCACUGCAACGCUCUGGUUCAGCAGGCCAUCAUGGUGAGUGAAGAACUUAUCCGAGUGGCCAUCUUGUGGCACGAGAUGUGGCACGAGGGCCUCGAAGAGGCUUCCCGUCUUUACUUCGGCGAGCGCAACGUCAAGGGCAUGUUUGCUGUGCUGGAGCCUCUUCAUGCCAUGAUGGAGAGGGGACCACAGACCCUCAAAGAGACAUCCUUUAACCAGGCUUACGGCAGGGACUUGAUGGAGGCUCAGGACUGGUGCAGGAAGUACAUGCGCUCUGGAAACGUUAAAGACCUGACCCAGGCCUGGGACCUCUACUACCAUGUGUUCAGACGCAUCUCCAAACAGCUGCCACAGCUGACAUCCCUGGAGCUACAAUACGUGUCUCCGAAGCUGCUGAUGUGCCGCGACCUGGAGCUGGCUGUACCAGGCACCUACGACCCCAACCAGCCUAUCAUCCGCAUCCAGUCCAUCGCCGCUUCCCUGCAGGUCAUCACCUCCAAACAGCGCCCACGAAAGCUCACCAUCAUGGGCAGCAACGGCCAUGAGUUCAUGUUCCUGUUGAAGGGCCACGAGGACCUGAGGCAGGACGAGAGAGUCAUGCAGCUGUUCGGUCUGGUCAACACACUGCUGGCCAACGACCCCGCGUCCUUGCGCAAGAACCUCAGCAUUCAGCGCUACGCAGUGAUCCCCCUGUCCACCAACUCAGGCCUGAUUGGAUGGGUGCCCCACUGUGACACCCUGCACGCCCUCAUCAGAGACUACAGAGAGAAGAAAAAGAUUCUGCUCAACAUCGAACAUCGCAUCAUGCUCAGGAUGGCCCCAGACUACGACCACCUGACGCUGAUGGAGAAGGUGGAGGUGUUCGAGCAUGCCGUCAACAACACGGCCGGAGACGACCUGGCCAAGCUCUUGUGGCUGAAGAGCCCCAGCUCUGAGGUGUGGUUCGAUAGGAGGACCAAUUACACCCGCUCCCUAGCUGUGAUGUCCAUGGUGGGCUACAUCCUCGGACUGGGUGACAGGCAUCCAUCCAACCUGAUGUUAGACCGGUUAAGCGGCAAGAUCCUCCACAUUGACUUUGGAGACUGUUUUGAGGUCGCCAUGACCAGAGAGAAGUUCCCUGAGAAGAUCCCGUUCAGACUGACGAGGAUGCUGACCAACGCCAUGGAGGUGACAGGCCUGGACGGUAACUACCGGAUCACCUGCCACACUGUGAUGGAGGUGCUGAGGGAGCACCGGGACAGUGUCAUGGCCGUGCUGGAGGCCUUCGUCUACGACCCGCUGCUCAACUGGAGGCUCAUGGACACAAACACCAAAGGCAACAAGCGUUCCCGCACCAGGACCGACUCGUACACCGCUGGCCAGUCAGUGGAGGCUCUCGAGGGAAUAGACCUUGGAGAGACCACGACGCACAAGAAGCCUGGGACCACAGUGCCUGAAUCCAUCCACUCCUUCAUUGGAGACGGCUUGGUACAACCUGAGGCACUCAACAAGAAAGCCAUUCAGAUCAUCAACAGAGUGAGGGACAAACUCACAGGUCGAGACUUUUCUCACGACGAGACACUGGACGUGCCAACACAAGUGGAGCUCCUCAUCAAGCAAGCCACAUCACAUGAGAACCUGUGCCAGUGCUACAUCGGAUGGUGUCCAUUUUGGUGAAGAACCGUCUCCGGCAGACAAAGUUACACUUGACAUUUUUUCUCACCGGUAAAACCAAGAAGAAGCACUCGACUCAAAGAGGUAUCCACUGAAAAAAAAGUACUUCAGCCACAGUGCAGAGCCUUCGAGAAAGAUAUGUUUGUUUUGUUAUUGUCGUAGAAUUAUCUUAUUUUCCAGUGGUAUAUUUUAAGGUUACGAGAAGUAGCUCAGUUUUUACCUAAUUACAUAAUACAUAAUUUAUCAAACUGUCGUCAUUGCUUCAAAAUGACUCUCCUCGCUUUGAAUCACUCGCUAAAAGCUUUCUACGGUGGCCAUAUUGUAAUAAGUUAUGACAUUUUCUUACUUCACACACUGUAUUAAAACCCCACCACCAGUCUGUUGUGUCAUUGUGUAUUAAUGUGACAGAUAUAAAUAACAUGGUAUGCCUUUAAACUAAGUUCUUUUAAAGUUUACUCAUGACAAGAUAUAAGUAAUAUUUGAUUUGAGAUGAUCAUAAUGUACUGUAUGGGCAUUUUGUGUGCCAUUAAACCCUGUACAGAUACCACUGUGA